AUGGAGGAUUAUCUUAAUUCAAGAAAACUAAGAAAACCAAAAAACAAAAACAAUACCGACACUGCUAUUGACACGAUGGAACGAUGUUUAUUAUAUUUCAGAUCGGGUGAGUACAGUUAUAAUCACGUGGAUCGUGUUAGAAUCGAUCAUAAUUCAAUUUAUAAUCGAAAAGGACCUGACAGAGGAUCCGGUUGGCGUCAAAAAUCAAUAUCACAUCUUGAUUUAGCAACAACAUCAUCAACAGUAACAAGAACAUCAUCAAAAAAUCAUUUACAUCCGCAACAUUAUCAUUUGAGACCAAGUCGUUCAUUAGAUUCAUCAAAUAAUUUCGAUUUUCAUGAAUAUUAUCAUAAAAUUGAACCAGAAAAAGAUUAUGAUGAUGAAGAUGAUGAAAUUGAAUAUGAAAAUAAUUUAAAUAAUUCUUGUGAUGAUGAAAAUUUUACCUCACAAAAUUCAUUAUAUUUUAAUAAAUUUGAUUUUGGCAAUGAAUCCUGCAGCUUGAGGCGUACUCGAAGUUUAGCUGUGAUUCGUGAAGAAAAUUUUAAUGAUUUACAAAUAACAUCAUUGAAUCCAAAUUCAAGAAGAUCCCAAUUAAUUCCAAGAGCAAAAUUAGCUACUAAAAAUUUUCGUGAUAGAUCACAUCUACAACACUAUAAUUAUUAUCAACAACAACUACAAGAUCAACAAAAACAACAAAAUAAACAACAUUCGCGACAUAAUCAUCAUCAUCAAAAAAAUCAUCAUCAUCGUAAUUGUCGUGAUAAAAUUGAAUUAACUAUUGCUACUGGAAAAACAGCAGCGACAACAACAACAGAAAUAACAACAGCAGCAACAACAACAGAUAGCGCCGGAAGUGGUAUUGAAACAUCACAAUCAGAAGCUACAACAAUUACUAGUACAACAACAACACAAACAACAAGAGAAUCAGAUGAUUACUACACAAAUUUAAAAUGUCUUGAUUCAUCGUCUUCAGUUAAAAAUUCACCAUCAUUGUGGCCGAACGAUAAAAGUGAUUUAGAAAGUUUAAAUUCUGAUUAUUUUGAAAAUUCUUUACAUCAAAAUACCGGUUGUGUUACAACAGUUAAUUGUAAUAACGAAAAUAAUAAUAAUAAAAGUAAAAGUGAUAAUAAUAACAAUAAUAAUUAUAAUAAUAUUAUUGUUGAUUGUAAUAACAAUAGUAAUAAUAAUAAUAAAGACAAUUGUAAUAAUAAUAAUAAUAACAACAAUAAGAAAAAUAUUGAAAUAAUUAAAAAUUCCCUUGAUAAUAAUAUUAUUGAUGGUUCAACAAAUCAAUUAACUGCAGGAACAGAUUCAUCGAAUACAAAUACUAAUUCAACAUAUACGAAAAGUAAAUCAUCAAGAAGUUCUACAACAAAUAAUUCUUAUCAUCAACAUCAUUUAAAGCAACAUCAUCAUAUUUCAUCGUCAAAUUCAAAAACUUAUUCAAAAAAACGAUUCAAAUCGAAAGAAACAACAUUACAGGGAAGUAAAUUUCAUUUACUUGAAUUACAAAUACAACAAAAUCAACAGCAAGAUAAUUGCCAAAGUAGUAGUAAUUUACCUGAAACAACAACUACAAGUAAUUCGGAUGAUCAAACAGAUAGUAAUACAUCAUUUACUGAUGAAAUACCAAAAAUCGAUAAUAGAAAUUUAGUUGAAGAACAUAAAUCUCUAAAUCAUAAAGAACAGGAACAUCAAACACUAACAAAUUCUGAUAUAAAACAAAAGGAUAUUAAAUCAGAAACAGAUAUAAUUGAAUCUCACGGGAAAUUUUCUGCACAAAUUCAAGUUUCAAAUCAUAAUAAAAAAAAUCAUAAUAUAACAAAUACAACAACAUCAACGAAACUAGUAAAGGAUAACGAUAACAAUAAGAAUUUGCAAAAAGAAGAACAAAUAAAUUUAUCAGAUAAUAACGUAAAUAGUGAUAGCGGUAGUACACUAACAAAAAGUUCUAUAACCGUAAAAAAUUUAAAGGAUACAAAAAAGGACGACCAAAAAAAUAAUAACAGCAAACCGGUUAUAGCAUAUGAUUCAGUAUAUUUAUCAUCAGAAGAUAGUUGCUCCGAGAACAAUAUAAAAGAAGAAAGUUUAGGAAAUUCAAUAGUUGAAAUAAAAGAUAUUUCUGAGGAAGCAUCAAGGAUAUUAAUAGUCGAAAAUACAACAAUAAAGAAACAAGAUAAAGAAGAACAGGAACAAGAAAAAGAAUACCAAACAAAUCAAAUUGAAAAUUUGGAAAAUACCUUAAUUAGGUGGAAGUCAACAGAAAAAUUACCAACUGAGGAAAAUAAACAUUUUACAAGUUUAGAGAAAAAAUCAAGCAAUUCACCAUCAGUUAAAAGUAAUCAAAAUCAAACAAUAAAUUCAAGAACAAUAACAGCAGUCGAAAAGAAAUUAAAACGUCUCUCAGAUUAUGCUACAACAUCAAAACGCGGAACAUUAGAACAUUUAACAUAUAUUUCAACAUCACAGCUAUUACAUUCGAACGAAAUCUGUCCAAAUAUUUCAUUUCGCCCAAAUUUAAUUGAUAAUCAAUAUUAUAGUUUACCAGAUAUUAAUAUUGGACGUAGCCUUAAAGUAUCAGAAUCAAUUGAUGCUAAACUUCGUUCAUCAUACAAUUUAAGUUUAAGUCAAGAGAAACUUAAUCAAAUUCAAAAACAGGGUUGGAGAGGAGGAAGUUUAAUUAAUAAUUUCUAUAAAGAUUAUAAUAGUAAUACAGAAGAUAAUCAAGAUAAAAAUUCAGUUAUUUAUGAUUCAAUAAAACGUUUUGGACAAGCACAUAAAAGAGCCAGACAACGUGAAUAUAAUCCACCAGAAAUUGUAGCAUCACUAAUACCACCACCACCUCCACCACCGCCGCCUCCGCCACCGCCACCACCACCACCACCACCUCCACCACCCCCACCACCAUUACCAACUUCAUCUCCACCACCACUUAAAUUAAAAAAGUUAUCGUCAUCUUCAAAAUUACCAUUUCCAAUAUCAUCAUAUGGUUUGGAAUCGAAUGAUGAUAAUGAAAAUCAAUAUUGUUAUUUAGAUGAUGGAGAAGAAAAAAUUUUAAAAGAAUUAGAUAGCAUAUUACAAAAUGAUAUUGUUGUAGGAGAAAAUUUUUCAUUUUGUGAUAGUAUUGAAAAUCCACGUGAAAUACCUUGCAUUGAAAUACAAGAUUCGACUACAUUAAAUAAAACGAUAAAUGAAAUAGAUUUUAAAGGAUCAAAUAGGGAAUUAAUUAAAAAUAAUAAAAAUCUAUCACAAGAAGAUUCAAAUAUUAAAAUAUCUAGAAAUUUAAAUGAUAAAAAACCAGAUUUUCAUAUUAAUGAAAAAACAAAUAAUUUCCCAGGACAAUUUCGUAUUGUUGUUACUGAUACCCAAAAUAAUAUUAUUGAAGAAGAUUCCAUUGAAAGUUUAUAUGUAAAUGAGGGUAAUUCAAUAAAUGAAAGAACACUUGAUAUCACUGAUUUUAAAUUAGAAAAUAAUCCUAAAGAAACUAUAAACAAAGAAGAAAUUCAAUUAUUAAAAGAGAAUUUGAAAAUCAUUAAACCCAAAUCAAAAUAUCAUUUUAAUGAAAUUCAACAUUUUAAUGAAUUAAAUAAAAAUUUAUCGAAAAGUGAAUCAUCAUUAAUAACACAAUCAUCAUCAAUUACAAUAACACCAACAAAAGAUAUUCAAUCUGAUACAACGACAACAAUAAAAAUUUCAAAUUUAAAACCAAAGAAAAUUAUAAAAUUAACAAAUAUAAAUCGUUCUUUAUCACGUGAUUGCAAUAGUACCACUUAUAAAGAUACAAAAAUUUUUAAAGCUCGACCUAUUAAAAUACUGUCAUCAACAAUCGAUAAUAAUUAUAAUAACAGUAAUAAUAAUAAUAAUAAUAACAGUAGCACAUCUUUUAUUACAAAUCGUUAUCAUCAUCAUCGUCGUCAUCAUCAACAACAUUAUAAUCAACAUCAACAACAUUAUCAUCAUAAUCAAUUUCAUCAGUAUCAACAUCAGCAAGAUAAUCAAAAUAAAGAAGAAAAUUUAUGCGAUAAUUAUAUCCUUCAAAGGAAGAAAAAUUUAAGAAAAGUUCAAAACGACAUAAUGUCACGUCCGCAAAUACUUCAUGUUAUAGAUUCUUCAACAAAAAAACAAUCACCUCAAUAUAAUCAACAACAAUGUCAACAUAAUACAAAUUCAAAUAAUAUUCAAAAACAACAACAGCAAGAACAAUAUACAAGAAAUUAUACGAUAAGUGAUAAUGACAUUUUGACAAUAGGAGCAGAUACGGUUUGUGGCAAUAAUAAUAUUAGUAGCAGUAGUAGUAGUAGUAGUAGUGGUGGUAGUAAUAAUAUUAAAUCUACUACAAAUACAAAUAUUACAAAAUCAAAUGAUUCUGUAAAUUUUUCAUCUUCUACAUCUUCCUCAUUUAUAACUACAAUGGGAGCAAAUUCAAAAAUUAUAGAGAAUAAAAAGAUUCAAUCUGAUGAUAAUAAUAAAAUAAUUGAAAAAGAAUUUUUAAAUAAAGUUGAUUCAGUCAGAGGUUACUGGUCCAAGUUAAUACAAAACAAUCCAGCAACAGCAACGACAUCAAAUGAUGAAAAUGAUAAAAAUAAUAAUGGAAAUGAUAUAAAAGCAACAAUAACAGCAACAACAACUGAAAUAAUGACUCCUUCAUCACAUGAAAAUAUUUAUAUUGAUAAUAAUAAGAAUAAAAAUAACGAUAUAAAAUCAAAAGAAUUCAAUUUAACACAAGAUCUACAACAUAAUUCAAAUUUUGUUGAUAAUACAAAAAAAAAUGAAUUCAAUUUGAAUACAAAAGAGAAACGAAUUCAAACAACAUCAUUGUCAUCAGUAUCAUCAUCAUCAGCAGCAGCAAAGAAAACAGCAAUUCCAACAUCAAUAAAUGAUGAUGAUUUUGUUAAACCAACAAUACAAGUUGUUGAAUUAAAUGGUGAAAAACAAGCAACUCUAGUCAAAGCUCAGAAUAUAGAAAGUUCUGAAUUUGAUCAUGUACGUUAUAAAAUCAUAAAAUCGAAUUUAUUUAAAAAUCGUAUUAUAACACGUAAUAAACGUGAGGCGCAAUUUGAUGGUUUAAUACAAUAUUUACAGGACUACAGUUUUCAAGAGCUCUUGAAUAAUAAUAAUGUUGUUAUUAUUGAGCCGGUAAGAACAAAUGUCGAAAAAAUAUCAAACAACAAUAAUUGCCACAAUGGAAAUGAAAUUUCAAAGACAGUCAAUUGUAAAAUAACUGGUGGAUCGGCAACAAAUAGUCCUGAGAAUAAUAAUAAAAUAUCAACAUCAUCUUCCUCAUCAUCAGUUAUCAAACAUCAUUUUUUUUAUCAUCCUGUACGUGUAAAUCGUGAAUUACUCGAAGAAGAAUUACCAAAUCCGGAUACAGUACGUAAUGUUCGAAAAUUCUUUGAAGAAAAUGUUUUAAAACGUACUGCAUGUAAACCAGCUAUAGGAAUUUCAAUGGAUGAUAAUUUAACAUCAAUAAAAAAUAAUAAAGAACAUUUUUAUAAAACUGAUAUUGUAAAGAGUAAUGAAAACAAAAGUGAUUGUAAUGGAAAUGCUAAUAAAAAUACUGAUACAAUAAUGUCAUUGGCACAACAGCGACAGCAACAACAACAACAACAGUUAAAUGAAAUUCAAUUGAAGAAUAAUAAUAAACAAAAUAUGCGAUGUUUAACAAUUGACACAUCAUAUGGUAACACAAAUAUGGUAGGUAUGAGAAAAUGGGAUUCAGUUAGUUUGUCAAGUGGUAUAUCAAGUGGUGAUUUAUCAUCUCCACCACCAUCAUGUGAUUGCAAUAAUAUAAUCAAUACAAAUAAUCAUGAUAGCAAUAAUAUUAUUAUUAAACAAAAUCAUCAUCAUAAUAGCAAUAAUGCAACAGACAUACAUCAUUAUGUUGGUAAUAAUAACAGUAAAAUUAUUGACAAAAUUAAUAAUCAGCAUCAUCAUCAUCCAUUGUAUAAUAGUAAUAGCAGCAAUUUAAUAUGUGUCGCAGAUAAUGUCGAUGAUAUGGAUGACGAUGAUAUUGAUGAUGAUGAUGAAGAGGAUGAUGAUGAUGAUGACGAUGCAACUGAAUCAUAUUAUGUUAGUGAGGAUGUUCUUGAGAAAAUCAGAGAAUGUGGUUCAACAAUAACAUAUUAUGGUGGAAGAAUAAUGAAUAAUAAAUCACCAGAUUUAAGUCCAACCGCAAAAGCUAUUAUAGAUGAAAUACAUGGCAAAGAAUCAAAAAUAACAUGCAAUGCUUGUCAACCGAAUAAUUGCCCAAAUGAGGAAGAAAUUAAGGAGAAAUUUUAUGCUGCCAAAAAUAUUGGUUUACAAUUCCGUUUGAUUAAAUCGAAUAGUUGUAGCAGUCGUCUUGAAUUAUGUGGUACUGAAAAAGAUAUUCUACAUUAUAAGGAUUAUAAUGAAAAAGAUUCUGAAGAAUUAGGUGUUCGUGAAUUGGUACAACGUUUAGAAACAAAAAAUACACUUAAAAAAUCCAACAAUAAUAAUAAUAAAAUUAAAUCUACUGAAAAAUUUUCCAAAAAUAAUAAUUCUUCAAAUAUAAAUGAAGAGAACUAUAUUCCUUAUCAUCAAUCGAGUUUAUCAAAUUCAAAUUUAACAAUAAAUAGUCAUUUAAUAGAAGAUGGAAUAAAAACCAAAGAUGAAUUACCAAAUAAUAAAAAUGUCACUGUUAACAAUAUAAAAAUUGGUGGUAUACCAACAUUAACAAGUUUUAAAGAGCAAUCGGAACAACGACAACAACUACACCAACACCAACAACAACACAAUAAGCAGAACCAAGAAAAGAACACUUUAAAAAUUAAAUCUGAUUCUUGUAAAAACAAUGAGAAUUUCAAUGAAGUAUUAAGAACAACAUCAACAACAACAACAACAACAAUGUCUAUUUUAGAAAAGGAUACAAGAGAAUUGAAUGAUAACAUUGAAAAGGAUAUUUUAAAACAAGAAGAAAACGAUAACGAUGAUAGCUUUCUUACUUACGAUGAUAAAAUGCAAUUAAAUAAAAUUUCUCGUAAUAAAAAUGUUGAUUUAGCAUUCAAUUUGACAGCUAAACGAAAGAAUGUUAGUAAUUCGAGUUGUAUUACAUCACAACGGUCAAAUAUAGUUACUGAAAAUAAUAACGAUAUUAUGGAAAGAGAAAAUUUAACAUCAAAAUUAAACAUUUCAACAUCUACAAAUUUAAAAAAUAAUCAAAAAUUAAGUAGAACAAAUGUAAAUGAAAACACUGAAGCACAUCAUUAUGAAGAAUACAACAAAGAUUUUCAACAAUAUCGUAAUUCAAAUGAAAAUUCUAACAACCACAAUUUACAAAAUUCAGACAAUACAAAUGGAAUAGAAGUAUUAAAAAAUCAAAUGACCAAAAAAUCUAAAAUUAAUUCAAAUAUUUUGGAAAAUAAUCAUAAUCAUAAACAGGAUGUUGUAAUAGUAAAAGAUGAAACUAAAACUAUAAAUAUAAAAAAUAAUAAAAUGCUCAAUGGUAUAGAAAAUUCGAAGCAAACAAAUGGAAAUGAAAUAUUUUCAAUGAAUAUGAAUAAAAUAAAUCGGUCAUCCCAUGAUAAAAUUGUUAAUAAUAAUAACAAUAAUAAUGAAAAAUCAAAUAAUUCAAAACAAACCACUGUUAUGGUUUCAUCUAACAAAGAUAUUAACGUUCCGGUAACUAAAAUCGAUAAAAGUAAUAAUAAAAUAAUAAAAAAUGAAGAAGAACAAGAAAUAAAAUACCACCAUCAACAGCAACAGCAACAACAACAGUAUCAUUUAAAUGAUAAGAAAAUAAAUUAUAAGGAUAAUGAUAUGAAUAUUAAUAAAAAAUUAUCAAAUGAAAAAUUUAUUUCAGCUGAAAAAGGACAUUCUAUUUCAAAUAGUAUUAAAAAUACAAAUUUAGAAAAAAGAAUUUCUGAUCCAAUUAUAACAUCAUCAGCAACAACAACAAAUAUUAUAAUACCAGAAAAUUGUAAUCGUACAGUUAGUCGUCGUUCAUCAUAUUCAGAGAGUGCAUUUAGUGUUGAUAGUUGUAAUUCAGCACCAACAAUAGCUAGCGAUAGCACUUCAAUUAUUAAACAUUAUGUUGCAAAUGAUAAAACAUUAAUUGAAAAACGAAAACAAGAUGAUAUUGAAUUUGAAUCAUUUGAAGUUUAUGAUCCAGCUAAAGUUUAUGAUAUCGUUAAGGAUAUACAUGAUGAAAAUAAUAAAAAUUAUGAAAAAUUUCGUGAUAGAAAUGAUGGAUGGACAUAUGUUUGUGUAGAUGAACGGCUAUAAAAUAAAAAUUAAUUGCAAAAAUUUAUACUUUAAUAAUUAUUAUAUAAAAAAAUUAAAUUUAAUUAUACUAUUGAAAAAUAAUAAAAAAUAAGUGUUGUAAACUGCUUAAAGUAUUAUUAAAACCAAUUAUACUUAACAUAUUAAAUAUUUAAUAUUAAUUAAUUAUAUUAUUAUUAAAAAAUUCCUUGUUUUGUGUUUUUUUUUUUUUGUAAAUGU